CACGGGGCUUCCUAACAGCCCGGGACUGAGUCCCCGCCAGUCUGGGACCCUCCCCUCGCCGCCAAGGAGGAGUGCACCCCUGCCGCUGUCCCCCCUAAAACGGGGCGUCCUCUGCAGUCUCUUCGCGUCCGCACCGACGGCCGAGAGCUGCGCGGCCCCGUUUUGCCCUCUCUCCCAACUCGAGAACCUCUGACCUCCGCUAGUUCCUAUGGUCCCCGCCCCUCAGCCGGUCCAGGCUCACAGGAGACACCCUUCACCCCCCGCCCCAGCCCGGCCUAGGGGGGUGCCCCGGCCCUUCUUGCCACCCCUCCUCUCGUUCCCCUCGCUCUGUCCCCCUCCUCUCCUCACUCCGCUCGUCACCCCUCGGAGCCCCCGCCUCCCCGGGGCCAUGGACACCCCCCACCCCAGGACGUGAGCCCCUCUGCCUGUGAUGCUGUGGCUGGCCUUCGGCCCCUCCCACGCCAUGGAGAGCCAGGUGCUGGUGAUUCGCAUCCGGAUUCCCAAUCGGGGCGCCGUGGACUGGACGGUGAACUCCGGCCCGCAGUUACUCUUCAGGGACGUGCUGGAUGUGAUAGGCCAGGUUCUGCCUGAAGCAACAACCACAGCAUUUGAAUAUGAAGAUGAAGAUGGUGAUCGAAUUACAGUGAGAAGUGAUGAAGAAAUGAAGGCAAUGCUGUCAUAUUAUUAUUCCACAGUAAUGGAACAGCAAGUAAAUGGACAGUUAAUAGAGCCUCUGCAGAUAUUUCCGAGAGCCUGCAAGCCUCCUGGGGAACGGAACAUACAUGGCCUGAAGGUUAAUACCCGGGCUGGACCUUCUCAACACAGCAGCCCAGCAGUCUCAGAUGCACUUCCAAGCAAUAGCUUAAAGAAGUCUUCUGCUGAACUGAAAAAAAUAUUAGCUAAUGGCCAGAUGAAUGAACAAGACAUACGGUAUCGAGACACCCUUGGUCAUGGCAACGGAGGCACAGUCUACAAAGCAUAUCAUGUCCCAAGUGGGAAAAUAUUAGCUGUAAAGGUCAUACUACUAGAUAUUACACUGGAACUUCAAAAGCAAAUUAUGUCUGAAUUGGAAAUUCUUUAUAAGUGUGAUUCAUCAUAUAUCAUAGGAUUUUAUGGUGCAUUUUUUGUAGAAAACAGGAUUUCAAUAUGUACAGAAUUCAUGGAUGGGGGAUCUUUGGAUGUAUAUAGAAAAAUUCCAGAGCAUGUCCUUGGGAGGAUUGCCGUGGCGGUUGUUAAAGGCCUUACCUAUUUGUGGAGUUUAAAGAUUUUACACAGAGAUGUGAAGCCCUCCAAUAUGCUAGUAAACACCAGAGGACAGGUCAAGCUCUGUGACUUUGGAGUUAGCACUCAGCUGGUGAAUUCUAUAGCCAAGACGUAUGUUGGAACAAAUGCUUAUAUGGCACCGGAAAGAAUUUCUGGGGAGCAGUAUGGAAUCCAUUCUGAUGUCUGGAGCUUAGGAAUCUCUUUCAUGGAGCUUGCUCUUGGGAGGUUUCCAUAUCCUCAGAUUCAGAAAAACCAGGGAUCUUUAAUGCCUCUCCAGCUUCUACAGUGCAUUGUUGAUGAGGAUUCGCCCGUCCUUCCGGUUGGAGAGUUCUCCGAGCCAUUUGUACAUUUCAUCACUCAGUGCAUGCGAAAACAGCCAAAAGAAAGGCCAGCGCCUGAGGAAUUGAUGGGCCACCCGUUCAUCGUGCAGUUCAACGAUGGCAACGCGGCCGUGGUCUCCAUGUGGGUGUGCAGGGCGCUGGAGGAGAGGCGGAGCCAGCAGGGGCCCCCCUGAGGCCUCGGUGGGCGCUGAAAGCCCAGGACUGGUCACCGAGGGGAAACCCGCCCGUCACACCGUCACACGGCUCGGCUGUGUGCAGCAGAGCUUUGCUGGGCCUGGGCUGCCCCGCCCUCACCUCAGCUCCGCCUGCGACACCCUGCCUGGGAGCCGUGGUGCCAGCCUGGCCAGGAUGAAGCCCUCGCCCCCUCCGGUCUGGAGGCACUGACGGAGGGAAGGGGAGAGGGUGGCGGCAUUGAGAAUGGAGACUCCUAUGCCCCCGCCCCUCUUCCUUUUUCCUAACAUUCUUCUUUGUAAAGGGUCAAGCGCCAUCAGCAUCACUGAUGGGAAUAAAAGUGUUCCUGCCUCCCCAUGAGGGGUGUUACU